AUGAAAACUCUUCACUUCUUAGCUCCCAGUUCAGCUAAACCAACUAUCAUCAUCAAUCCGAAGCAACAAUCUUACGGAGCAAUAACGCAGACCCAGUUCGUGUUGCGUCGUCAAGAAAGACGAUCUCUCUCGAUAAACUGCUCAAACAGUGGCAACAACAACAGCAGUGAAGAGAAGGUCUCUCAGCCGUUGGAUGGAGUGGAGAUAAGGUUCAAACGAGGGUCAAGAAGGAGAAUGAGGGAAGAAGGUUCAGGUGAAGGGCAAAACGGGAAGAAAGCUGAGAAAACUGUUCAGAAGACAUGGGAAGAGAUGACACUGAAUGAGAAAGCGUUGGAGCUUUAUGUUGGAGAGAAAGGUUUGUUGUUUUGGCUGAACAAAUUGGCUUAUGCGUCAAUCUACAUUGUGAUUGGUGGUUGGAUUCUUUUCCGGUUUGUUGGACCGGCUUUGAAUCUUUAUCAGCUUGAUACACCUCCUCUUGAUCCUAAAAACAUCUUGAAGGGCUAAACAAGCUUUUCGCUUUCUCUGUUAUAAAACAUUUUGAGGCUUUAUAUUCAUGCCAGUUUCAGAGUAAUGUGUACCCAAAUCAAACAAGGUUGAGAUACUGAGUAUUUUUGUAAUGACAGUAAAAGAACACACUUCUUGAUUCUUCAAGAUUGUGCCGGAGUUACGGCUUGCUCAA